AAUCGUCAAACACCCGUAUGUUCUCGCGGCUUUCACAGUCCGGUGUCCACGGAUGGAAUCAUGUUGGGAAGGAGAGACCUCCGCGGAAGAACUGCGUCCACGAGAAUAACACCGGGUACUUAAUCAGUUGUGGUUAGCACGGUAGCGUUGUAUGUCCGGUUGGAUGAGAGAUACUACCCGAGGACUGUGUUAGUAUUUCACGGAAGUGAGACUGUCGGUGUCGAAUGGACGGAUAGAGAGAGGCAGCCAGCUGGGGCUUGACACGAAUAGUAGCCGAACAGGGCAGAGGAGGAAGAAGAAACGCGUGCAGGGCUCACAUCUUCAGCUGGGGGAUGUUAUCGGUACUGUCUUAUGGCAGACUCGUAGCCAGGGCGGUCCUGGGCGGACUCUCUCAAACGGACGGUCGGGACUACAGCCUGGUCACCGCCAGUUAUGGCUUCGGCAAAGACUUUCGCAAAGGGAUCCUGAAGAAAGGGAUGUGCUACGGAGACGACGCCUGCUUCAUAGCGCGGCACAAAAGCGCGGAUGUGUUGGGUGUAGCAGAUGGCGUAGGUGGUUGGCGAGAUUAUGGUGUUGACCCUUCUCAGUUCUCUGCAACCUUAAUGAAAACCUGCGAGCGACUGGUGAAGGAGGGACGAUUCACUCCCAGUUAUCCAGUGGGCAUCCUGACCUCGGGCUACUAUGAGCUUCUACAAAAUAAAGUUCCCUUGCUUGGGAGCAGCACAGCCUGCAUUGUGGUUCUGGAUCGACAAAGUCACCGGCUACACACAUGCAACCUUGGUGACUCAGGUUUUCUGGUAGUCCGGGGAGGAGAGGUGGUCCAUCGCUCAGAUGAGCAACAGCACUACUUUAACACGCCCUUCCAGCUGUCCAUCGCUCCUCCUGGAGCUGAGGGUGUGGUGCUCAGUGACAGUCCUGAAGCAGCCGAUAGCUCCUCUUUCGACGUGCAGCUCGGGGACAUCAUCCUAACGGCAACCGAUGGCCUCUUUGACAACAUGCCAGACUACAUGAUUCUUCAGGAGCUCAAAAAACUGAAGACUACCAACUAUGACAGCAUCAUGCAGACAGCACAGAGCAUAGCAAAGCAAGCACAUGAUCUUGCCUACGACCCAAACUAUAUGUCACCUUUUGCACAGUUUGCCUGUGACAAUGGCCUGAAUGUAAGAGGAGGGAAACCAGACGAUAUCACAGUGCUGCUGUCUAUUGUGGCUGAAUAUACAGACUAAAAGUGUGUGUGUAUGUGUGCUUCUCUGGGGCUGAUCCUUUCUUCCUUCCCAAUCUGCCUGAGUCUUCCAUCUGCAGCCCUCCCAAAGUGCGUCUUGAGGGCUGUCCAGAGAAGCCCUACCGACAUGACACGACACACUCUUUGCUGUGGGACUCGCAUCCAUCCAGUUGGGGUAUUUUAUUGUUUCUGUGCUUGGAACGGUUUAGAGGAUGCAGGCAAAGAAGUCCGUUUGACGUUGGUCCAGAUGCAAUAGGAGCCGAAUACAGUGGGUUGAAGGAUGCUGGUCAGUGAUCCCCACUGUCAUGGGCUGACAUUAACACUUUUUAGAUGAUUUGAUGGAGACACGGUAAUCCAUAGCAAUUUGGAUUUAAUAUGGGUUUUAAAAUGGUAGAACUUGUGUAUAAAAAGUGAUAAGAGGAGUAAGCCAUGGUUUUUGGAUUUUUGUGGGUUUUUUUUGGUUUUUUUUUCCAUGGUCCAUGUUGUAAACAUGCUUGAACAAACCGUAUCGGUGGACCGAGUAAGAUGAUGUUGGGAGGUUUAUGGAGAAUGAAAUAGUAGGCGUUGGUAAUGUUGAAUUAUAGAGGGGUGAUUCCAUCAAAUCAAUGAAAUCACAUGUGAGGUUAAUAGGUUUGGUUACUUGACCAAGGGAUCCAUCAGUGCGCACAUCCUGAUAAGUUGUACAUAUUUUUUCGUUUUGUGGGGAAAAGUUCCGGCCUUUUCUGUUGUCUUCGUUUGUUCAGGCAAAGAGAUAUUUUGUUACUGUUGUGGAUGAGGUACACAUGCAUUCAUACAUAUAUUUUCCUGUAUGUAUAGACGUUAAUUUGAAGUGAGCUUUAUCAAUCCCACACUUCCAUUUGCUGAAACGAACAAGACAUUUUGUUGAGAUCGAUUGCUGCAGUUUGUGUGGUCGGAGGGAUGUUAGUUGUGUGUGUGUGAUUGUAUGAUUAUAGAUGUGAGGGAUUGUUAAAUGGAAUAUGUGAUGUAUUUGAUGUUGAUAUUUGUUAUCUCACAAAGCUAAAGCUAGCAUCUGGGAAUGCUUAUGAUUGCAAUGAUAGGUCAGGCAAAUAAAGGAAAAUAUGUAUUUUUUUAUGUUGUAUAGUUUUAAAAGGAAUGAGUUUGAAAAUGUG